CUGGCGCCACGGCCGAUCCAAUCGUCGCACCAUCUCCAGCUUCGGAGCCGGUCGUGGCGCCUGCAAUGGCCAAACCGGCUGCGCCCGUCGAUGCACCCUCGACUCCCACGGUCGUUUUGGAGGAUGACGAGAGCGUGAGUAACGAAGUUCCGCUGGAACGCCACCGUCGACCAGUUCACUCUCCUCCCGUCCAUCCUCCUCCGGUCGUCGAGGCGACCGCUAGACCACGUCCUUCCGCGGCAGAUCGUGGUAAGAGGCCCAUGGCCGAUCCUGAGGCCACGGCCGAAACGCCGAUCCAUCCGCAGGACGAAGACCUUCCCAUUCCUCCACAGGAAGUCUCUUCGGCCUUUGUAAGUCUCGCUUCUUUUGUAUUGAUUUUUUCGUGACACAUGUUUUAUUUGAAAAAGACCAUUAAAUGUCAGGUGCCCGAACAUUCAUUUCACCGGCAAUUUUA